CGCGCUCAUUGGCUCGUGCGCAGCGGUACGAUUGUGGGUCGGUUCGAGGUAAAGUUGGACCGGACGUCAGCUCGCAGGAGGGCAGAAGAACACAUGAUUUACACCAGACAUGGAGAGAGGGAAUGCUGACACGGUGCGGACAGAAGCUGAGAGCUUCUUUGAUAUGCUGGAGGAAAGGAGGCGGGGCAGCGAUAUAGGCUACGCCCUCCGGACAUAUACCGCCCAACCAUACCGAGGAGCCACGCCCACUUCAACCUGCGCACUCAACAGGAUGGUGUUAGAAUCGCAGUACCUGAGCUACAUCAUACAAGAGGUCGCGGCUGAGAGCCAGGAACCGCGUGAGGUGAUUCUGGAAGAGGCGACUGGGAUACUGGAUGAGAUGGCUCAGAACCUGCAGCUGUACUCCGUCCGUCUGCUCGGCUUUGUGAUGAACAAAGUGUUCCAGAGUGUGUUUCGCUCCAUAAAUGUGAACGAGGAAGGACUCACAAGGCUCCAGCAGGCCCUUCAGGAGCAUCCUGUUAUCCUGAUGCCCAAUCACAGGAGUUACAUGGACUUCCUCGUCCUCUCUUACAUCAUGUUCACAUACGACCUCUCUCUUCCCGUCAUCGCAGCAGGAAUUCCUCUGAUGGGGAUGAAGCUAUUUGGUGAGAUGUUUCGGCGUGCGGGUGCAUUCUUUAUUCGCCGUGGCAUUGGCUCAGACAAGCUCUACUGGGCGGUGCUUUCUGAAUAUGUCAGAACAAUCGUCCGGACAGGUUAUGCGCCUUUAGAGUUUUUUGUUGAAGGGUUACGGAGCAGAACAUUGAAAUCACUUACUCCGAAACUAGGAAUGAUGCAGAUGGUCCUGGAGCCCUUUUUUAAAGGAGAAGUGUUCGAUAUCACUCUGGUCCCCAUCAGCAUCAGUUACGACCGUGUGCUGGAGGAAUCGCUUCUCGUUCGUGAGCUGCUGGGCGUCCCUAAACCUAAAGAGACCACAGGGGGUUUGCUAAAAGCCAGGACUGUGCUGCAAGAAGAUUACGGAUGCAUGCACGUGUGCUUUGGCACCCCUCUGUCCGUAAGAGACCUGAUGAAAGAAAGAGUCAUUCGUGUGCAGUACAAUCUGAUACCCAGAGACCUUCCAGUUAAACCCAAUAAGGAGACACAAGAGUUUGUAUCUGGUGUAGCCCACACGGUUGUCCGUCUGCAGGAGAAAAAUGUGGUACUGAGCCCCUGGAAUCUGAUGGCUGUGGUUCUCCUUCAGAACCUGCGAGGGAUUGAUCUGGACCUGCUGACUCACAGAACACUCUGGCUGAGGAAUCUGGUCUCACGGUUCGGAGCUCAUCUCAACUGGCCCAAGCACGUUUCAGAUUCUGAGGUGAUGAAAUCAAGCAUGACCCUGCAUCACUCAGUAGUUCACUGUGAGAAGGGGCGUGUCUGUUUAGUGGAGGAGGUGGGUCCCGGACCUGUCAGUCAAGAGGAGGGCGUGUUUAGACGUGCUGCUGCAGUGCUCAUGUGUGCCUCCUACAGGAAUCCAGCCAUACAUGUGUUCACAAGACCUGCCAUGGUGGCAGUCGCUAUGACGACAGCUAUAAAUAACAGGAUGGAUGAUAUUAUUCGUCAUUUUAACUUUCUGGUGGAGCUCUUUUCUAAUGAGUUUGUCUUUGUUCCCGGUCAAAGCGUUCAGGAUUUCGAGGAGGGCUGUUCUUUACUCCAGCUGGCUGGUGUGAUUGUCCGCUCUGAUGAAGAGAUGCAUGUGACGGAGGAAGGACGAGAAACCAUCGUCUUCCUCAGAGCGAUUCUGCAGCCUUUUAUAGAAAGUUACCAGGUGGUGUUCAGGUAUCUGUGUGAGGAGAGCUCAGAGACGUUCAGAGAGAAGAACUUCGUACCCAACGUGCGCAGAUUUAUCAUGAAGCUCCUGAUAGCAGGUGAAGUUCAGUCUUAUGAAUGUUUAUCAUCUGAUGUGCAGAAGAACGUUCUCACGGCUUUGCUAAGGAUGACGGCUGUGACCAAAACAAAAGUUGAAGAACAGAAUGAGUUCACAGUGAACACAGCUGCAGUGAAGAGAACAUGGACUUUUUUAAAUGGUGUAUUGACCCCUCGGAUCAGUUUAGACGCCAGACUGUGAUGAAAACAAUAGGAUGACACUCAUUCUGUCUUUCACGACUGGACAACCACUCAUGGUCACCUGCAUUUUCACCCUCGACUGAAUUUGGUUUGAGUGAUUAGACACCUGUAAUUUAUUUGGUGUUUAUUUGGUGUUGAUCAAAUCACCAAAAUAAGAUCUUCAUAUCGGCUGAACACAUCUAUUACAUGAGGGUUUGUGAUAACUGGCAUCCGACAAAAAGAUUAGACCUCAGCUUGUAUAGGACAUGUGAAUACCACAUAGAUCAUAAUUUACAUAUUGAAACGACAAUUUAGGAUCUGAUUUGAUCUUAAAUGUGUUAUUUUAAAGAUGGAUACUUGACAUGCAGAAAGCAUGUUUUAAUAUUAAUAUUCAAAUAACUGAAUUAAUAAAGAAAUACAUUAUUUUUAAAAGAAAAAUAAAGAUGAUGGAUAAGUAA